CUCACUAUGGUAUUAUGAUCUUCUUUCAUUCCUUAGCGACCAACAGUUCACCCAAACUAAUGUGAGCACCAUGGAUGACGACAAUGACAAUGAGGGAGCGGACGACUCGCAGUCGAUCAAUGAAAAAGAACCAGUAGAAGAUGACUGUUAUGCACGGAGCCAAUCAUCAUCUGAGUCUCAAUCCACGAGACCAUCCCCAUCACCAACAGGAAGCUCAUCAGGAUUCAAGCGUCCAUCCAGUAACACAAAACAAGAUGAAGUUGUAUCUUCGAACAAAAAGGUGCUACAGUUGGUGGCUGACCGGUUAAAAAAGAGUGAUGGCAUAGUACUCGGAAAGCAUGACAGCUUUGGCAAGCAUGUAGCUGAUGAAUUAAAUAAUAUGCCCCUUGAAAAUCCUUUAUUAAACACGUUGUAA